CAACCUUCUUGGUUUCUACCAACUCGGUGUUUCAGUCGAAUUAAUUCGUUUGGUGCCAAAUUUCUCGCCGUUUGUUGGAUUUAGCUAGUUGGGUUACUGUCUUUACAGUUUAAUAUUUUUUUUCACUAUUAUAGAAAAAAAAAGAUUUGAAUUUGAGAAAGCUGUGAUUGUUUUGAUAUUUAUAUGUUUGUAUUUCUUAUUUUUCGUUAAACGUAUUGAUCCAAAGAUUAAGAAACACUUUAAUCUUUAUCUUGAUACUAAGCUCGCUCAGUGUAAUAUUGGAUUGUGAAGAAAGCAUUCACAGUUUAUUGAGGCUUUUCUACGACAAAAAUUGAAGCUUACGACAGUCUUGAAGUAGCGUCCAUAAUCCUUUGGAUUGGUUUACCGAAUUCUCUUUUUCGCUGCUUUUCCUGGCCUUCGUUCUGAUACUUCUUUGAGGUCAAAUCUCUGGAACUCUAUUGUGCUGUGUUGAGGGCAACUGGCAGUUUUUGAAGUCUACUGCUCCUUAUAAAAAUUACUUCGUUUUUAUUUUAUUUUAUCAUUUUUGGAAUUUCUCCCGAGACAGAAGGCUGUAUUUCUCGGUACACUCACUCUUCAUAUACCCAGAAAUCUAUUUGACGGUUCUAAUUUCUUCGUUCAUUCGUUUGUCUCACCGUCAACUGUACUAUCACUCGAGGGACAUCUGAUUUUCCCUUUCUUACUAUUUGUGAUUUUUAUGUCCUUGUUUUUCUCGUCUCCAUUUUAAUUUCUUAACUUAUUAUCUGCUCACAUUUAUCAUGUCCAGUGUAAUCUACUACAAGUUCAAGUCUCAAAAGGAUCCCUCCAAAGUGACGUUUGAUGGCACAACUGGCAUGUCCGUCUUCGACGUGAAACGCGAGAUUAUUCAACAAAAGAAACUUGGAAACGGGCUCGAUUUCGAUUUGCUACUUUACAAUGCAAACACAAAUGAAGAGUAUGAUGACGAUACUUAUAUUAUCCCCAGAUCCAGUUCUGUAAUUGUACGUCGGUUACCCGCCCAGAAGCCGGGUCGUGGUACUGCUGCUCGUUAUGUCGCGGCGAACGCGGCUCCCAACGUUGGAAGAAACGAAUUUGGCAAAAAAAAUGUUCCCGUUGUACAAAAGUUGAAGCCUACCGACAAUCCCGUGUCUCGCCGUCCGGCCACAGCUGAGGAUGCAGCAAUUCAACAAAUGCUGCAGACAUCUAGUGACCAGUGGCGUGAAACUCAAGACAAAAUGGCAACUGCUACUCCUAUCUAUAAAAGUAAUCAAAGACGGGCUGCUCCCGCAUUUGUUCCCGAGCACCCUCCUCCUAAUGGUUACAUUUGCUUUCGCUGUGGCCAGAAAGGCCAUUGGAUUCAAGCUUGUCCUACAAACUCUGAUCCUACGUAUGAUGGAAAGCCCCGCGUAAAGCGUACAACCGGUAUUCCUCGCUCUUUUCUGAAAACUGUGGAACAACCCACUGAUGGUGAUGCCGCCAAUGUGAUGAUUAACGCUGAGGGCGAGUAUGUUGUCGCCCAACCUGACGUUGCUUCUUGGGAAUCUUAUCAAUCUAAGAAAAAGGCUCUUAGUGCUAGUGAUGUGUACAAAAUGGAACCCAAAGACGCAAAUAUGGCUUGUGGUCUUUGCAAACAUUUUGCACGUCAAGCUUCAGUGACGCCUUGUUGCAAAAAACUGUUUUGUGAAGAGUGUAUACAGAAUGCAUUACUUGAGAGUGAUUUUGUUUGCCCCAAAUGUAAGCAGAAAGAUGUUCUUUUAGAUUCAGUCAAACCGGAUUUCCGUGCGCGUGAGAAAAUUGACGCUGCUGUGAAAUCAAUUUUAGGUGAGCAACAUAAUGAUAAAAAGGCAAAUGAUGCAGCUUCAUCUGUAAACGAUCGCGGAGAGAAGCGUAAACAUACUGAGGAUGAUGACUCCUCUGCACCGGCGCCGAAACAAGUUAGUCGUUCUGUCCCUGCUCACGUAGUACCAGCUAAACCAGUUUAUGGUGCUACUGCAAAUCCUAAAUUUCAUCAAGGUAAUGGGCCUCUCCCCGCUUUCCCUCCUUUUCCGCCUUUUAUGAUUCCUGGUCUACCAAUUCCUCCAAUGAUGCCAGGUUUUGCUGGUGUUUCCCCUUUCCCUCCAAAUACUGCAGCACCAUAUGCCAAGAAUGUUCGUCAAGGUGUCGCAUCUUCUCAACGUUCAGAAUCGGGCUCUCCUGCUCAGCAAUCAAACAAUGCGCGUCAACCUUCGCCUUCUCGCUCUCAGUAAUGGAUGCCGUUUACCGUAUUGAUUAUUGCCUACACAUUUUAAAUAGGCACGAAGUCUUUGAUCGGAAAAAAAUCUAUAAUCUAAUUCUGGGCAUGAAGGCUAUUAUUGGAAAGGGUUCUUAGAGGAAGGUUAUUGUUUAAAGAGUUAGUUGACACAGCUCAUUCAUCGGCGUUACGAGACACAGUUGAUUGUUCAAUCUAUCUUCCAACUUUUGGUCUUCUACAAAAAGUUUAUGUUUUAUUACUAGUCAGUCAUGUAUUGACAAUGCUUAAUUUUUUUCUUCAACCAUAUCAACAUUCCUCAUGUAGGAAAUGUUUUGUAUCCUGGAUUUGUCGGAUGCAUAUCAUAUGGCCUUGAUUGCUUUCGUUGAACUCGUUUCUUCUUCCGACCUAUUCUAGUCAUUUUUAAUUUAACAUAUUAUAUAUUGUAACCCUUCCUAUCAAGUUCAUGCUGUAGUGUUUUGCUU